GUAGUUGGAACCAUAUUGCACCCCUAACUCCACCGUGGGUCGGCCUGCGCUGCUUAGGUCCACACGAUCUUUCAGAAGAACAGAUCAAGAAAGGAAAAAGAUUUGUAUCCGUAAGGCUUUUGGCCCGACGACUGCAUUCGCACGGAUGCAACCAUCCAUUCUCUCCUCUCCUAUGCCUCCAGACCAGGAGCAAGGGGAGGAGCGUCGGCACCCGUACGGCGAUGCCCACAUCGCCUCCACGCUGUCGCUGAUGCCGUUCUCUGAAUUCUGCAAGCUGCGCGACGACUCAGCAGCGAAGCCGCUCAUUCGCGGACGCUACUGCGGCCUGUGCGGCGGUGACCCGGCCCAGCGAGAGCGCCGCGAGGACUUUGAAAACAUCUCCCUCUCCUCCAGCGGUGGUGGCAGCAGCAGCGGCAACCAGCGCAGAGGUGUGUUUCCCGGCCAGGUCGAGGCGUACAGCCGCUCCGCCGCCGGAAAGGUCAUCGACCCGCACCUCCAACGCACGCCCCUCGCGCUGGAAAAGGCCAUGCACUUUCUGGUGGAGCACUACCUGCGUGCGCCGCACACACCGCUCGUGUACAGCGACCCCUUCCGCAUCUGGGGCUACCUGUGGGACCGCUUCCGGGGCAUCCGCACGACCUGGGCACCGCAGCUGCCCCCGAGUAACGUGAGCAUUAAAGGCUACGUGGACAGCAAGGGGGGGCGGCCGCUGCCGGCGCGGGAGCUGCGCCGCGAGAGCUACCGCCGCGUGCGGUGGCUCGAAUUUACGGCGGCGGCGUUGGCUGUUGGGGGCGCCUACCUCUGCCUCACCCCCAAAGGGUGCCAGCGCUUCAUGCAGGACAAGAAGCAGUUUCUUGAGUCCAUGUCGCAGUGCUUCACCGACUUGACGGUGUUCUACCGCGCCGAGCAGCGCCACCGCAACGCGGAAUUCUUCUCGGUGCUGCUGCUGCUGUACGGGCUGAACCAGGAGAUGAAGGUGGAGGAUCGCGCGACGUUCUGCCGCUUCCACACCAUCCACGUAGACGGCCAGCCCCGGCUAUGUCCGGAGCCGCCCACCGAAAGCGUCAACCUCGCCCAGGUAAACCGUGAGCUGGAGAAGCAGCCGUACAUGAUGGAGGCCCAGCCUGUGCGGGCCGCGCUGGAGCUGAUCGACUGCUGGUCAACGCGGCGGUGGUUUGAGUUCUUUGCGUUGUGCAAGUCCCGCCGCCUUACACCGUUGCAGCGGGCCGUCGUCUUCCAAUCCUUCACGUACGCGCGCUACCGCGCCGUGCUCGAGUUAGUCCUGCCAAACUACUACGUCUACCCGAAGCUGCGUGUGCGCCACGCCAUUGCCGUGGAGGACCUCGCGGAUCGCCUGAUGAUGGCGCCGUCAGACUGUUUGGUAUUUCUCCAAUUGAUGGGGCUCGAGGCGCAGCUGGAGCUCAAGUCCCCGCAGGAAGACGAAGAAGAAGAUCCGCAGCAGCGGCAACAGCAAGAAGGCGGGGGGGUGCGCAACGCCGGCGCACCGGCAAUAAAGGUGUGGUACCUCCACCUGUGCCACGGUAACUCGGACCCGCUGGUGACGGCCGAGGUGUUGGAGGACAAGUGUCAGAACAAGCGGGUGCUGUUCUUCCCCACCUACCCCGAGUUCUUUGGGUUUCGUGUCUGGCACGCGGCGUACGAGCGCUUUCCGCACACGGCGGGACUCCCCACCCGGCCUAGCCCCACCACUUCCCCUCCAUCAGGAGUGGCGGCCGACGCAGCGAGCGAGGACGACGACUUCUACACAGAUGUGUAUGGGCGUGCAAGUGAGGGCAGGGAGGACUACGGGGACGCUUCGGAGGAAGCCGAAAAUGGAAGAGGAGGAACAGGAGGAACAGGAGCAGACGACGAAGACGCCGACGACUACAGCAGCUACGGUGGCGGGUCGGGAGGGGAUGAAGCGGCGGCCUCCGCGGCAGUUGCCGGCAGCGCCGAUGCAGAGCUGCUUCGUCAGCCUGGCUGCCCUAUUAAUCUCAUGGAGAUCCUUGAGGUCUACUGCCCUCCGUACCACGACGAGGUGGCCGCCUUGACGCUGGUCGACGCAAGUCAGGAGCUCUUCGCCUCGCUGCGGAGGCACCGAGAAAGGAUGCUGCGGCGCUGCAAGAAGGCACGACGGCUGGCGCGGCGGUGGCAAGACGCGCUGGCAAGUGAAAGCGGUCAUCGCCAGCGUUUGCGUAGCGAGGACGACGGCGAUGAAGAGCUCUCCGAUAGGGGAGAGGAGUGGGUGGAAAAGAUGGAGGGAGAGUCGGUGUCGACGUGCAGCAGCAGCGUCUUCUUCAGCGAGGACGACGUGGACGCCGACGGAGACGGCGACGAUCCACUGCGUGAUCCCUCCGCGCACGUCUCACGCCUCGACAACAACAGGGAGAAUGGAAAAGAGGAGGUGCCCAGGGUGAACGAAGCGCAGCUUGGUGCUCCGGUGCCGCCCGCCAUCGCGGAAGCGCGGCAGCUGGUGCGUGCGUUGAACGCAAACGUGCUCUACGCCGAGGCGGCUGCCGAUCAAGCGAAGCAGCGCUCACAGGAGUGGCAGCGAGCGAAGGAAGCGGCGGAACGUGAGGGACGGGUGCCCGACGCCGCCACCCUUCAACCCCUUCCCACGCUCGCCCUCACAGAAACAGGGUCGUGCAGGGUAGAGCCGCUGCCCGACAACUACGGUGAGGCGGAAGGGGACGACGACCGCAGUGGGAACAUCAACAGCAGCAGUGGCCGGCGGUGCAACUCGCAGACGUCGCGGGUCAUCGUAGAGUCACCGGCCACGCUCCCCGCGGCGAGCGCUGCCGGCGGCUUCUCACGCGACGGCGUGCAGGCGGGCGAGGAGGGUCGGGCGAGUUCGGCGGAGCUGGUGGAGCCGCGUCCGCUGACGCCCUCCUCCUCCUCUGCAAAAAGGGAAGGCGACGACGGCGGCGCCACGACGUCCAUGUCGAAGCUGUUUCCGAGCCGGCCGACGCAGCCGGCGCUCCGCUUUGGCCCCGCGAAACCCGUCGUCCCUCCGCUGCAGUUCAAUACUGCCAUGCCGAGCGCGGCAGCCGUCCACAGCAGGACAGCUUCGUUUCCUUCUUCCUCUUCGGCCGCAGGAGCAGCAGCAACGACGGUGCAGACAGACUCGACGACACCGGAAGCACACCGACGCGCCGUGCGCGAGGGCAGUGGCGAGAACAGCAGCAGCAGCAGAAGUGGCAGCAGCGCACCGUUGCUGGAGUACAGUCACCUAAAGCGGCGCACGCGGGGGGAGAGGGAACAGGACGGUGAAGACGGCGAUGCAGAAGAACAAGGACAGGAGGACGAGGCGUACAACACGGAGGAUGGAGACCAAGAAGAGAAAUCGCAGAGGACUGCAGAAAAGAGCAGCACCAAGGAAGGCGAUAGCGCACCAUCAUCAUCGUCAUCAACAUUGCCCUCGCUAUCAGCAGAUGAGAGCGAGAAGGACGUGGAGCUCAACUUACCCUCUACGGAUGUUGCUGCAGCGGCGACAGAGACAAACAGAAGGAGCUCGCAACAACUGCCCCUUCGUCCUCUGCACCCCCCACCACACAUGGCCACCGUAGCCGACAGCUUCACACCGCGAGCUGACAGGGCAGCACGGCGCACACGCGUGGGCAGCCGAGACGCGGCCGACGGUAGCAGCAGCUAUAGCAGUGACGACAGCAGCAGAAGCGGCGUGGACGGCCUUGUGGAUAGCCGCGAGUGCUUGCAGUCGGGCGCGCAUAGAAGACUUCCCAAGCGGCACAAGGCGGAAAUCGCGCUGUGCCACAGACAGGAGACACGACCAUCUGCCCUUCCGCUGACCACUCAGGAAGCGAAUGUCUUUGCCAAGGUAUGCGUCCCGCUCGUCGGCGAAUAUCUGCAACUGUGGACGCAGCUGACGCACGGCGACCCGACAGCGCUGGCGACAGCCGCGCAAAGCGUUCUCGAGGCACGGGCGGCGGACCGCGGCGCAGCUUCUCGGAUGCGCUUUGAAAAGGCGUCAUUUGAGGUGCAGCAGCAGCAGCAACAGCAACGCAAAUGUCAGGCCUUAAUUCGUACCCUUGCACAACGCGCCAGCGAGCUGCUCACGAGAGCGGUGCUGCGUGGGUCGAUGAGCGAGUACGGGCUGCACAUGUGGGAUGCGGCCGUGUCCACCAGCGACGUCAGCACGGACACGUCGUCGUUGGGCAGUCUGUGGGUCACGCCCGGCGGUAGACGCGACGCGGAAGUUGCAGCGCAGACCGGCCCCCACCGGACCCGAACGAGAUGCCUUCCCGACGAUACGCGGGCGGUGCUUUUCAGCCGUGGAUGCUCCGCCGCGAUGAUUCCGCGUUAUGAAGUGCAGGCGAUGCUGGCGGUCGAAGGAGGGGCCGUUCCGGUGCUCACCGCGUCGUCCGCGGCGGGACGCCCUGUCCACUCGCGCGUUUCCGGCGGCUCGACCUCAUCUUCUUCCUCCUCGUCUUCUUUGCCGUUUGCUCAGAGGAGGCUGUCUCUGCUGCCUCUGCUGCCCCCCGGCUGUAGUGGUCUGAGCGACCUCACAUCAGCCCUCGCGACCGCCUUCCAUGACAGACAUGCGCGCCACCGCACGACAAGACCACCAGCGAGAGCGUGCGCCCGACGAGAGGAGAACGCGAAUGAUGCGGCGGCGGCGACGGCAGGGAUAGAGGCAGGCGGCUCCAUCGUGACCAUGGUGGGGAUAGCCGUGGAGGAGGUCGCCGCCGCGGCCGCAGCAGCAGGAGCGCGGAACGACUCCACGACAGCAGCGCUUGCGCCCCACCCCGCGGCGCAUUCGUCCGUCGUCUUCGACCGCUCUGUGCACCACUACGUAGUGUGGGCGCCGUCGGCGUACGCUGACGCUACGUCUUUGCCCUCUCGCGGGCACCGCGGAGCAGUGGCAGCUGCGUCAGACGACGGCAGUCCCGAUGCCGCCUUGUUGCAGCUGACAAGCACCUUCGUCUUGGUGAGCAGCAGACACAACAAGUCCCCACAUCGCCUGACCUAUCACCCCACACCAAGUUGCACUGACGCGGACGACGCCGCGGACGCGACGCGGCGCACGUUGGAGACGCUGUUCGACAACGAGAAGGAGCGCUGGCUCGCACAGCUGCUCCUUCCGUCGUCCAGGCAUGGCGCCCGCCGCUGCAACGACGACACGGCAGCGGCCACACUGGGCGGCGGCGACCACCACCACCACAGUGAUCUCCGUAACGACCACGUCGUGUGGUUGAAUGCGCCCGCAGGCCGGGGAGGAGGAGGAGGAAGCGCAGCACUCGUUGCCCGCCUCUACCAAACCGAUCAGUGCAUUCAGGUUCCCCUCCACACACGCGACGGGGCGGCGGUGCCGCUGGCCACGCGUAUCGCCCUUUACGGCUGCGGCGCGGCGGCGCUGCAACGACUGCGAAUACGCCGCGAUGGCGGGGCGCGAUUUGCCGCAGAGCACUGCAGCAGCAGCAGCGGUGUGCCGCCCAGCACAACGACGACGCUGGCUAUGUCACACGCCCACUACACGGCGCUGCUCGCGGUGGACGUCGCCGCUGCCCAGGCGGUGGCCGACGCACGCGACGCUGUAACCGCCAUCGUGGACAGCCACGUUCCCCAAACAACGAUGGUAGAGGGGGCGCUGGUGACGGCGAACGCGGUGGCUGGGGUGCUGAUCUGCCUUGUCGGUGACGCCGCAUCGGACUCGAUGGACGAAAGCGGCGGCGACCACCAACACCGCAGCGCUGCCGUCGCGGACGAUCUCGAAGAUUUUUUCUGGGAACAGUGGCAGAGCAGGCACGGCGGUGCCGUCGCCGGCCGCCGCCUGGGCAGUCGCAGCGGUUCAGGAGGUCGACGACAGUCGAACGUGGAACUGGCUUCUUUGCCAGCCGUGGUUAGCGUGCAGGUUGCGUACGGGGAUGCGGAGAGGUCUGCGGCGGCGAUAGCGCAUGGGAUGCAGACCAUCGUCGCCACGUACGCACAGCAAGCGGUGGCGGUGCUGGGCGACGGGUAA